AUGGGGAUCUGGCAGGACAUUUUUGCAGCAAAGAUUGCAGACGGGCACUUAAAGGAGUCAUGGGUGCUUGAAGAGGAUGAUACCCUGCAGAUCCGUGCCCCCAGGUCUGGCUGGAAGGAGUUUGUGCAGUACCGUGCACUUGCAAGGUUUCAGUGCUCCCAGUGCUUUCAUGAGUGGUCUUCAGCCAGAGUGCACGUCGUGUUCCACAUGUGCCGGGGCAAGGUGAGGAUGCGAGUUUUCCGCCAGGCGUGCAGGCGGUGCCCUGACCCCCGGCUGGAGGAGCCCGAGUUCAGCCGGGAGACCGUGGAGAGGCUUCUGCACAACCUGCUGCUAAACAUCCUCAAGAACUUCUAUGGCGUGCCCAUCCAGCCCUGUGUCCUCAGGGAAGUGGUGGUGGACGCUGCGGUGACGGGGCCACACGACAGCACCCGCUGCGAGGGCUGCCAGCUGGGCUUCUGCAGCCAGGCCAGGCCGGCCCUGCUGUCGGGUUCCUUGGACCCCCUGGUGGAUACAGGCAAAGCCAGGACCCAUCGCAGCCCAAAACGCCAGGGCACGAGGCGCUCUGCAGCUCCAACACACCACUCCUUCAACAGCUUCCCCUGGAAGUGCUGCUGCUUUGUUGUCAUUUCGCUGUGUGUUUUGGCAGUGCUCCUCUUCAUCAUAAUUUAUUUCACCACGCAGUAG